AUGGGUGAAGAUUAUUUUGGAUUCUCUUGGAUACGCAAUGAGAACAAAAAAAACAUCACCAUAUAUAUUAACAAUCCAGCGGACAUCUCAGUGAUUGUUAUAUAUUUUCUGGUGGUUCUAGCUGUGGGAAUAUGGGCAAUGGUACGGACCAAUCGAUCCACAGUGGGAGGCUUUUUCCUGGCUGGCAGAAGUAUGGUGUGGUGGCCAAUUGGAGCCUCUCUAUUUGCAAGUAACAUCGGAAGUGUGCAUUUUGUGGGAAUAGCAGGAACUGGAGCGGCUGCUGGUAUUGCUAUCGGGGGGUUUGAGUGGAAUGCUCUUGUUCUUGUGAUUGUUCUGGGAUGGCUUUUCGUGCCCAUCUACAUAAAGGCUGGGGUCGUGACCAUGCCAGAGUUUCUGAAGAAACGCUUUGGUGGGCAGCGGAUCCGGAUCUACCUGUCCGUGCUCUCCCUGUUUCUUUACGUUUUCACCAAAAUCUCUGCGGACAUGUAUGCUGGAGCCAUUUUCAUCAACCAGGCUCUGGGACUAAACAUUUACCUGGCUGUUGUUAUUUUGCUGCUUAUUACGGCUCUUUACACAGUAACAGGUCUGUUGACUGAAAUACUGCAUACUUUAUACUGGCAAGAAGGGUACCAAGGUGGCGCAGGGUGCCCGGACAGGGCUGGCAGAGCAGGGAGCCAGGGCGGAGCUGAAGAUCACCAGAAGAUCACCAGGGCAGAGCAGACGGGAUCGAAGAUUCCCAUGGAGGAGCAGAUGACCACCACAGUGGACUCCAAAGCCAGAACAGAGCAGUCAGAGAAUUCGCAAACAGCCUCCUUGGCCGUGACAGGACAAACUGAGAGUUCAGGAAUGGGCUCCUUGGCCAUGACAGGGCAGACUAAGAGUUCCCACUUGUCCAAAUACCCACACUUGCGGUCUUGGCCACUUGAGAGUGCGUGCAUGCGACAAGUGCGCAAGGUGAUUGUGCAGCGCUGUCUGUCUGCCAAGAACCUGUCUCAUGUGAAAGCGGGCUGCAUCCUGUGUGGUUACCUCAAACUUCUGCCAAUGUUCCUCAUGGUUUUCCCUGGCAUGAUCAGCCGAGUGCUGUACACAGUCGAAGUGAUUGUGCAGCGCUGUCUGUCUGCCAAGAACCUGUCUCAUGUGAAAGCGGGCUGCAUCCUGUGUGGUUACCUCAAACUUCUGCCAAUGUUCCUCAUGGUUUUCCCUGGCAUGAUCAGCCGAGUGCUGUACACAGAUGAGAUUGCAUGCGUGGAUCCAGCAGAGUGUGACUACUACUGUGGAGCCAGUGUGGGCUGCAGUAAUAUUGCUUAUCCAAAACUUGUGUUGGAUCUGAUGCCAAACGGUCUCAGAGGGUUGAUGUUGUCCGUCAUGUUGGCCUCUCUGAUGAGUUCACUCACUUCCAUCUUUAACAGCGCCAGCACACUCUUCACAAUGGACAUUUACACCAAGAUCCGCCCCAAAUCCAAGGAAAAGGAGCUCAUGAUCGCGGGGAGGGUGUUCAUGCUGUUUCUGAUCGGCGUGAGUAUCGCGUGGAUCCCCAUCGUUCAGUCGGCUCAGAGCGGGCAGCUCUUCGAAUACACUCAGUCCAUCACCAGUUAUCUGGCUCCACCUAUCGCCGCUGUCUUCAUCCUCGCCAUUUUUUGCAAGCGAGUCAAUGAACCAGGUGCUUUCUACGGGUUGUGUAUUGGUCUGUUGGUGGGUCUGGCACGUAUGAUAACUGAGUUUGCCUACGGCACAGGCAGCUGCGUGAGUCCCAGUAACUGUCCCACGAUCAUCUGUGGUGUGCACUACCUCUAUUUUGCCCUCAUCAUCUUCAGCCUGUCCUGUAUAUUGAUCCUGGGCAUCUCCCUCAUGACCAAACCCAUUGAUGACAAACAUCUGUACAGGCUCUGCUGGAGUUUGAGGAACAGCACUGAGGAGAGGAUUGAUCUGGAAGAAGAUGACUGGACUGAAGAUCAGGAUUCAGACUCUAUGCAAACGGAAGAGGUGCGUGAGGAUCCAAGCUGUUGGAAGAAGGCCUACAACUGGUUCUGCGGCUUUGAUCAAGGCAAUGCACCUAAACUGACUAAAGAACAGGAGGCAGAGUUGAAGAUGAAACUCACAGACACUACUGAGAAACCUCUAUGGAGAAACGUGGUCAACGCUAAUGCUAUUAUCCUCCUCACUGUCUGCAUCUUCUUUCAUGGUUUCUUUGGUUAAAGAUCACAUCAGUAUCAACUAACUAUAUUAAGGAUAUUAGAGCUGUAUUCUGUGGACAGAAAUGUUGCCUUAUCUGUAACAACAAGCUAAAUGUGAGUAAUCUGACAUUACUCUACUCACUACUCAUUGUGUUUGUAACACAAGAAGUUACAAAAGUUCCUCUUGAAACACUCAAUACUUCCUUAUAAUAUCCUCAACAAAAACGUCCUUACAGCUGCCUACUGUUUUUGAUUUGAUGGCAGUAGAAUAGAAAAUAUUUUUGACUUUCAUUUUAAACCCAAGACCAAAACUGAUAGUUCACUUGUAGUCAUGACAAAUCUUUCUUAGCUGCUACAGUAUCUAAUUUAAAACAUGCCUGACUGUUUUUACUGUACAUUUGACAAUGUUUACUGCAAGUUCUACCUUUGUACCUUUGACAUAUUACAGAGUA